AUGGCUUCAAGGAAAAAUUGGAACAAAAAUCUACAAGAAAAAACCGGUCUCAUUCUUCCGAUUGGACGUAUUAAUCAUCAUCUUGCUAAAGGUCCUCACCAGCCUUCAUCCGACAAGAAGCUAAAACUAAGGAUUCUGACUGCUACUCCUAUCUACGUUACUGCCGUCAUAGAAUACUUAGUAUCCGAAAUCUUGGAAAUAUCUGGAUAUAUUGCUCAAUCUGAAAAGAGACCAAGAAUCUUACCCCGUCAUCUUUUAUUAGCGAUGCAAAAUGAUGAAGAAUUGAAAAAUUUAUUUGCUUCUCUUUCGCCAGAGCUUGUUCAAAAAAUGGGAGGUGUUGCGGCUGUAGAGUUUGGAUCAUUAGCUAACCAUUCAGAGGAAAAUAUGACAACUGAUGUGGCGACCAUAAAACUUGAAGAUAUCCCAGAGAUCUCCAAAGAUAACAAGAUAACUGAUGGGACGACCAUAAAACUUGAAGAUAUCUCAGAAAUCUCAGCGACGACCAUAAAAGUUGAACCAUUUGUUAACAUAAAGCCAAAGAAAAAUUGGAUUAAUAAUCUACAAGAAAAAACCGGUCUCAUUCUUCCGAUUGGGCGUAUUAAUCAUCAUCUUGUUCAAGGUCCUCACCAGCCUUCAUCCGAUAAGAAGCUAAAGCUAAGGAUUCCGAUAGAUACUCCUAUCUACGUUACUGCCGUAAUUGAAUACUUAGUAUCCGAAAUCUUGGAAAUAUCUGGAUAUUUUGCUCAAUCUGAAAAGAGACCAAGAAUUUUACCCCGUCAUCUUAUAUUAGCUAUGCAGAAUGAUGAAGAAUUGAAAAAUUUAUUGGCUUCUCUUUCGCCAAAUCUUGUUCAAAAAAUGGGAGGUGUUGCAGCUGUGGAGUUUGAAUCAUUAGCUAACCAUUCAGGGGAGAACAUAGCUGAUGCGACGACCAUUCCAGAAAUCUCAGAAGGUAACAAGACAACUGAUGCGACGACCAUAAACCCUGAAGAUAUUCCAGAAAUCUCAGAAGAUAACAAGACAACUGAUGCGACGACCAUAAAAGUUGAAUUAUUGGUUAACAUAAAAUUUGAAGAUAUUCCAGAAAAAUACAUGUAUUUCUGA